AUGCGAGAAGAGUCGACUCCGGCAAUUUGUGCCGACGUUCCCAUUAGUAAACAUGCGUCAAUCACCGAAAGAGAUCGACCCUUAAUUGAUGCUUUAAUAAGUGAAGAGAAUACGCUCAGCCCAAAAAAACGUCACAUUUGUAAUGGGCGAUUUUUAACAAUGCACAAACGAAGAAGAAAGAAGCUUCAAACAAGAAGUUUAGCAUUCGAGCCAGCUGUUCUUGACGAUAUUUUACAUGGGCAAGUAACGUGCAUCUUGAGGCAAGUGGGAAAUUGGCGCUUCAAUGCAUUCACCUUGGAAACAGUUACAGGAGGACGAUCAUUGCCUGUUAUAUGUGUUCACUUGUUUCAUUUGUACGGCCUUUUGGACCAUUUCAAUCUAGACGUAGUUAGAUUAUGGAAAUUAUUUAGUCUAAUCGAAGAGGGUUAUCACAGCACAAACCCAUAUCAUAAUUCAAUACAUGCGACCGAUGUAACACAAGCAAUGCAUUGUUUUCUGCAAGAGAAAAAGAUUCUCGAGCAUUUGUCGCCGCUCGAAAUAAUGGCAUCUUUAUUGGGUGCUGUAUGUCACGAUCUCGAUCAUCCUGGUGUCAAUCAACCGUUUCUCAUUGCAACAUCAAAUCAUUUAGCAGCUCUUUAUGAGAACACAUCAGUACUGGAAAACCAUCAUUGGCGUUCGGCAAUAGGUUGUUUACUUGAGAGUGGCGUAGCCGAACAGAUCGCUGACAUCCGACCAGAAUUGGAAAAGCAAAUAAGCUCUCUUAUAUUAGCGACCGACAUAACACGUCAACAAGAAUUUAUAGGAACAUUUAAAGACUUUUUAAACAAUAAUACAUUAAAUAUGCGCAAUGCUGAUCAUAGACAUUUUAUACUACAAAUAGCAUUAAAGUGUGCUGAUAUAUCAAAUCCAUGCCGGCCAUGGGAUGUAUCGAAGAAAUGGAGUCUGAAAGUGUGCGAAGAAUUCUUUCGUCAAGGUGAUUUUGAGCGUCAACUCAACUUACCCGUCACUUCGCUAUGCGAUCGUCAAACAACAACGGUGCCUAAAAUACAGACUGGUUUCUUCAAGUUUGUUGUGACGCCUUUAAUGGUUGAAUGGCAUCGAUUUUUAAAGACCGAACUCUCAUAUCGUAUGAUGCGUCACUUGAAGAAUAAUGAGAAGCAGUGGGACACUCGAUUGCAAGCAGAGAUCGCUGAAGAAACAAGAACAGAAAUUUCUGAUGCUGAAAUUAUUGAGGAUGAGUUUGAUGAUGAUGUUGGAAACGAUGAAGAAGAUGACGAUGGUCGUAUGCGUUUUGCUGGUAGUCCAGAAAUGAUUCUUCCUGAGAUUAAAUCGUCAAGACGAAGUUCACUUCAAAUUCCAACAUACUCACUCAAAGAUCGCGAGCGAAGAUUAUCAGUGCCACUUCAUAACGUUCCAAAGAUUAUUCUACCACCAAGAGAACAUGGCGGAAUGCGUCAACAAAUUGAACCGUUUCUGGAAAGUGACGAGAAUGAACACAACAAUAAAUUAGAACAAGAUUCAUUAUCAAUUUUGUCAUCUGAUAGUGAAAGUGGACAAAGAGCACGUUCAUCAAUCGAUAGUAAUGAGAAUGAACGACCGCUAAGCGCUGAAAAUCUUUUACCAGAUUUAAAUAUCGCAUCGAUGACUGACUCAUAUUGUGCAGAUAAAUUAAAUAUCGUAAUGCAUGGCUCCACUAACUUCCCACCGCACAUGUUAUGCACAACAUCAAAGCACUUAAUUCGACAGCAAACAUUUCCACCAUUGAAUCCUUACGUUCGAACACGUUACAUGUCAUCAACAGCUGAUCUUGGUACAUGUCCGGAAGCUUUACUCGAAAGUCGAUCAAGUUCAUCGUCAGAUUCACCUGACAAUUCAAAUGGAAUUUAUCCAAAAAAAGAUUUAAAGCGAGAGACGGAACAUGAUAUUGAAAAGAUGACUGCAGCAUGUAAAUGGCCAAAAAUUUUCGUUGCUGGACCCAAUCAAAAGGAAAAUCUUGAUCCAGCAAUUAUUCGUAAAGGAUCAACAAAUCGACGACGCGGUUCAGCGCCAAUCUCAGUUGCAACUCCAUCAAAAUCUUAUGAACAAGACAACAACAAUCCAAUGUCAUCAUUACAAGUUAAAACUUCAGAAAAAGUCCGCCGAUGUUCAGUGCCCGCUGAAACAAUAACUUUGAGUGCCAAAGACUUUGUUGGUCCAUCGGAUAAGAGUUCUACUCACUCUGUGAUAUCGUCAGUAGCUUCUUGUCAACGUCGUGGUUCGGUGCCAUGUGAAUCAAAUGUUGUAGUUCGAAGUAGUGUCAAUGGCAAACGUCGCAAUCCUAAGAAGCUUCUUCGUCGUCGUUCUUCAGGUGGUGCUGAGACCUUUACAACUCCUAUUAUGACUGAAUCAAUUGUCACAUCAUCGACAAGCGAUUCAUCAGUAUGGAAUCGUUUCAAGAAAGAAUUGUCACGUCGUAAAGAUUCUGAUGUUUCAGUCACAAGACGACGAGGUUCACUGCCAAUUGAAGUUUUAACUAUUGGAUUAGGUACGUUGCGCCACUAGAAUUGUAAUCUUCAUGUGAUUCGCUUACACUGAAAUUCCGUCAUGGAAACAUCAAACUGUGAAGCUUUAUAUUGUUCCAUACAUAACUGAUAGACUGCAGAAGUUGACAACACAUUGCUCUCAUCAUAUGAUGUUUCACUAUCACGUGUGUGUUCCAAACGAAUAGAGAAAUGUGAAAAUUGUGCCGAAUUUUAUUCUUCACUUUUACAAUCCUCCGACAUUGAAAGAUGCUUCCAACUUAACGACUUGAAAGCAAGACAACUGGCACAGCAAAUAACGAAAAGGAAUUCAAAAAGAAAAGCAAAACUAGCAAGAAGCAUAAAUAUUGUGGCACAAAAUGCAAGAUAAGAAUAAAACAAGCUUACUGAAAUCAAUGACCUCUGAACACGGGACACA